AUGCCCCUCAGAGGCAGCACUCUUUCAAGUCUUAAGCGCGGCCAUUUCCAGACUCUCAACUCCACUUGGUGGAAACCACAGAACUCUCGGAGCCUUUCCCAUUCCUUGCUUCACUCCAAGACCCGCACUCCCCAGCCCCAGCAGCAGCAGAAACCCCAGUUGUCCUCGACGCACUUUACGAUGGUCCUCCCACAGCGCGGCACGCCCUACGUUACGCCCCACAUCUUGCACAAGAACUACGCCCAGAGCCACGACAAUGAAGAGCUCACCACUCUCAUUGGCCGCCAGCUCGACUACUGGUCGCAGGCCGGCUUCGAUAUGGAUAGGAUUCAAAUCAAGAGGAAUGCGCCGGUGUCGCUCCUAUAUGAAGACGCUAUUCGCAACGAAGGUGCCAUCAUCUCAUCAUCUGGUGCCCUCAUCAACUUCUCGGGCAAGAAGACUGGGCGGAGCCCCAAGGACAAGCGCAUCGUCUUCGAAGAAACCAGCAAGGACGACAUCUGGUGGGGGUCGGUGAACAUCAAGAUCGAUGAACACACUUUCGAGAUCAACCGCGAACGAGCAAUCGAUUACUUGAACACUCGGGAUAAUGUCUAUGUAUUCGACGGUUAUGCUGGGUGGGAUCCCAAGUACCGUAUCAAAGUCCGCGUCAUUUGCGCUCGAGCGUACCAUGCUCUCUUCAUGAACAACAUGCUCAUCCGCCCCACGGAAGAGCAACUAGCUGACUUCGGCGAACCAGAUUUCAUCAUUUACAACGCCGGGCAGUUCCCCGCUAACCGCUUCACUAAGGGGAUGAGCUCGACCACUUCCGUCGAGAUUAACUUCAAGCGCAUGGAGAUGGUCAUCCUUGGCACAGAAUACGCCGGUGAGAUGAAGAAGGGUGUCUUCUCCGUCAUGCACUACCUGCAGCCAGUCAAGUUCGGACAGCUGUCCCUCCACUCCUCCGCCAACGUUGGGAAGGACACGGGUGACGUCACGCUCUUCUUUGGACUCUCAGGCACUGGCAAGACGACCCUCUCCGCCGACCCUAACCGCCUCCUAAUCGGGGACGACGAGCACGUCUGGUCCGACACAGGCGUCUUCAACAUUGAGGGCGGGUGCUACGCCAAGUGCAUCAACCUCUCCGCCGAGAAGGAGCCCGACAUCUUCAAUGCCAUCAGAUUCGGCUCGAUCCUCGAGAACGUCGUGUACAAUCCCGUCUCCCGCGUGCCUGACUACGACGAUAUCAGCAUUACGGAGAACACCCGCUGCGCGUAUCCUAUCGAAUUUAUUCCUAAUGCGCAGAUCCCCUGUGUGGUCAACUCGCAGCCAAGCAAUAUUAUCAUGUUGACUUGCGAUGCUUUUGGCGUGCUUCCCCCUGUCAGCAGGCUCACCCCAGAGCAGGCUAGCUACCAUUUCUUGGCCGGAUAUACUUCGAAAACACCAGGUACCGAAGAUGGUGUGCUUGAACCCAUCCCCACUUUCUCUACUUGCUACUCCGCUCCGUUCAUUGUCCUCCACCCUGGCCGCUAUGCAGAGAUGCUCGCGGACCGCAUGUCGCAGCACAACGUCAACUGCUGGCUCAUCAACACAGGCUGGACCGGCGGACGCUACGGCACGGGAAAACGCUGCCCUCUCAAAUACACCCGCAUGAUCGUCGACGCCGUGCACUCCGGUGAGCUCGCCAAGGCCGAGUACGAGUCCUUCGGCACCUUCAACCUCACGAUCCCCACACACAUCGAGGGCGUGCCGCGCGAGCUCCUCAACCCGCGCCUUGCGUGGAAGGACAAGGAAGCGUUUGAGAGGGAGGUUAGGAAGCUUGGGGGCAUGUUCCGCAAGGCGUUUGCGUUGUAUGAGAACGAUGUCGAUGAGAAGGUCAGGAAUGCGGGCCCGCAGAUCUGA